GUUAAUUAAUAAACUAAAGUUUAUAAUAUAUUAUUUCUAAGUACGAAAAAAUUUAUUAUUUGUUAUUAUUUUUUUUUAAAGAAAAAAGGUCUCAAUGGAACAAGAAUUAAUAGUAUUAACAUCAUUGUCAAAAAAGACUUUACAAUUUGGAGAAAACUUGUGUUCUAAAGCUGAUAACUAUGUAAAAGAAUGCAAAGUUGAUGUCGAAAAUGUAGAAAAAAUUUGUCCAAAAUUAAAAUUUCUUUGGAGCGAAUUAGAAGUUCAAGCUCAGUCGGUUGAAAAAUUGAAGAGUUUUGCAGAAAAACAAAAUGGAAUAUUACAACAAUUUUAUGCUAGUAAAGAACAAGAAUUGAUGAUGUUAACUAAUGAGUUAGAAAAUACAUUACAAAAUUUGCGCUGUAAACAUGUUGAUAUAUCAAUUAGAGAGAAUGCAGUCGCAUUAGAAAAAUCAACGAGAGAAAAUACACCACCAGGAGGUGGUGAUUUAAGUGGAGGAAAAAGAGGGCUUGAAUUUGAUUUUAUUGAAAAAGAUUAUAAUAAUAAAAUUGAAGAAAAGAUCACUUUAUAUGAUUACGUUGAAGAACAAAGCGUACAAGAAUUAAAAGAUAAAACUCGAGAAGAAGUUUCAGCUAUAGUGAAUUAUUAUAAUAAUAGUUUAACAUUAAUAGAGUAUAUAAAAAAUCAUUUAUUGCAAUUUAACGAAAUGCUCGAAAGUAAUACCAUUUCAUUUGAAGAGUCCGUUAUAGAAUUUUCUCGUGAUAAAUGUAAUAUAUUGGAUCAAGAAACUCGUUCUAUGGCGGAAAUUUUAGUUUCAUUAGCAAAACAUUAUGAUCAAGUUGCUGCAGCUUUAAAAGCAUGCCAAUCGAAUACUGAAGAGUUAGAUAUUUCUGUCCUGAAGGAAGAUACAGAUUUAAUACCGACUAUAGUUGAAGAAUUACAAGAAAGCCUUCAAAAGAUCGAGUCCACUUGUGAAGAAGUUCGCAUUAGAAAUCAAAUAUAUCAAGUAUCAUAUGACGAGGCCGGUAAAUUAUUUACGGAAUUAGAAGGUUUUGGAACAAAAAUGGAAAGUUUUGUAAAUACAAUGAAAGAACUUGAAGCUGAUUUUGAGAGAAGUUCCACUAUUGUAGAUCGUUAUUUGGAAGAAUUAUAUAAUUUAAAUUUAUGGUAUGAAGAAUUCUCUAAGUCAUAUGAUUAUAUGAUCAUGGAGAUUGAUAGAAGAAAUCGAGUAAGGGAGCAGCAUGAAAAAACUGCCGAGGAAUAUUUAGCGAAACUUGAAGGAUUAUAUAUUGAGGAGGCACAACAAAGAGAAAUUUUCUUUCAAAAUCAAGGAAGGUAUCUUCCAAUAGAUUUAUGUCCUCCUAUUCAGGAACCACCAAUUAAAUACGAUAUUAUUCCUCAAUAUAUUUCACGUUUACCAACAAUAUCGAGUAAGACUUUAGCAGAGGCACAGGAAAAUAUAUUAAAAUAUAAGGGAAGAAUACUUUAGCUGUUAGAUUUAUAUAAUUUAUAGACAAUAUAAGUUCGUUUAUUUGUUUAUAAAAAAAAACUAUAAUAUAAUAAAUAGAUAUUUAUUUUUAGACUAAUAAAAAAUAAAAUGGG